AUGCAGGCGGCCACCGCGGAAGGGCCCCCCGUCGUCGGGAGGGGCCGCCGGCGCCUGGGGGCGGCGGCCCCGAGAGGCCAGCCGCCUGCAGCGCACUGGGGGCCCAGGUGGAGGCGGCUGCUCACCGCGGAGGGGGCGGUGCCCGGAGACUUCGCGCUCUUCGACCGCACCGUGCGCAGCAUGCUGAACCGGGUCAGCCGGGAAAACGCGUUCCGCAUCUUGCCGCUCGACCCGGGUCUCCUGGCGGGGGCUCCAGCCUGGUGUCACGCGAGAAUCGCGGCCCUGAUGCUGAACUCGUACCUGCAGGUGAUCCACACUAACAGGCAUGCAAGGGGGCUCGCCAUGCGCAGCAGCGACAACGUGCUCCCAGGCUACCUGGACGCCAUAGCGCCCUUGCUCGCGAGCAGCCCUCAUUUGGUGACCGCACUGCUGGCCUGGCUGGCCAGGCUGCUGCGGUGGCACGACUCGUGCUGGCCGAGCACGAGGUUGCUUCUCCUGGCGGCCUCGGAGGACCGAGAACGCGACACCCUGCCGGGGCACUCGCUGGGCAGCCUGCCAGCCGACCUCAUAAGAGGGCGGAUACUGAGCUUCCUGCUGCCACCGCGGGCGCCGGCGAUCCAGGGGCUGGUCGACGAGACGGUCGCGCGAUUCGUGCAGCUGGGCGAGGGCGAGGACAGGGACGUCGUGGCCCUUCUUGCGCACCUCAUCAUGUUCUCGCCGCCCGCCAUCUGGCCCCGGGUGUCCGCCUUCGGGUUCGCGCUGGUCGAGGCCGUGCUGCUGAAGUUCGACUCCUGCCAGGAGCGGGAGGUGUACGCCGCCACGUCGGUGCUGGCUACGCUCGCGCAGAGAAUCGAGGCUGGAUUGGGCACUGCUAGCUCCCCAGAGUUUGCCCAGCUCUGCCACAAGGACGUCAGGCUGAUCAGACGGCUGGCUGACAGACUGCGUGAGAGAUGUGGCGGCGAAGAGGAGUCAGACAAUCCUCAUCAUGUCAUGGCAGUCUCUUUGUUCGUCAGUUGCCGGGUGCAGGUCGCUCUGGAGAAGACCAGUCGGGUCCAGGCUAAAGCAUUGCACUUGGUCGAGUCAGUGGCAGCGUGA